AUGCUGUUCUCUGUUGGGGCCCAACCAACCCAAAAAGAAGAAAUCUGGGGUGACCCAGCCCAACAGGAACAGCAGCUCUGUUCUCCUCAGUCCCCAGUCCCCAAUCAAUCUCCUUCACGGCUGGCUACACGCUGUUGGCCGGAGCCCCGGCGCCAGACUCGCCGAGUGCCCGAGCCACUGCAGACCCCUCUGCCUGCGCUCGCUGAGCCACUGCAGCCAGCCACCACGCUUCUCCACCGCUCGCGCGCCGCACUCCUCCAAAUCACUGUGCGGCCGCGCCCACGCCCAAUCCCACGGAGAAGGCAAGGCAGCAGGGAGGUCAACGGCAAAGGCGUGGAGCUGCCGGCUGCGUCUGCGGCCCUCGCCCUCCAGGCUCUGUGGCGCUCACGUUCACCUCCUGGCUCCCUCCAUCCCUCAGUCCGCUGCGUCGUCGGGUCGGGUCAGGCUCAGGCCGCUGUCUUUGCUGUCGGGCGGGCUCUCCACGUCCCGACCCCAACUUUGGUCAGGGACCAGCAAUCGCAGCAUCCGAGGGAAAAAGGAAGGGAAGAUGAUGACUGCCUCUUGCUACUUCUGCCGCUCCGUCGUCCGAGCUCCUCUGCUCAAGUCCAGGAGCGCAGUGCGCUGCCAAAGCGCCGCCCCGCCAGGUGCCAGCGGUGCCAAGAGUUAUCAGAAGAAUCAGUGAAAGGCCUCUACCAAACUGGCAAGGCAUAUGUACAUGAUUCUUUGGACGUUUACGGCAGACCUGUGCUAGUUGUAGUGGCAGCCAAACAUUUCCCUUCGACACAGGAUCCAGUUGAAAACCAGAAGCUAUGUGCCUAUUUGGUUGAGAAGGCAGUAAGCAGACUUCCCUCAGGAGCAGAGACUAUACUUGGAAUCUUUGAUCUGCGAGGCUUUCGUGUUGAAAAUGGUGAUCUCCAGUUCCUAAAGUUUUUGAUUGAUGUUUUUUACUAUUACUACCCGAAGCGGCUUGGCCAAGUUCUUUUUGUCGAUGCUCCAUUUGUUUUUCAACCAAUGUGGCAGGUUGUCAAACCUCUGUUGAAAUAUUAUGCCUCCCUGGUAAGAUUUUGCGAUGCCGAGACUGUGAGGAAGGAAUACUUCAAAGAAGAAACUGUGCCUCUUGAUUUCUGCAAUUAG